AUGAAAUUGUACGAGACCCUCAAUGACAACGAGAAAGAAUACGACACGCUCCUUGUUAAUUACAACAAGCUAGCUGAGGAGGACAACGCGUUGAAAGAUGACUACGCUGUGCUCCAAAUAGAGUUCUCAGACCUUCAGAAGGAACUUGAAGAACUCAAGAAGGCACGCGACGACUUGAUUGCAGAUCAUGAUCUUGUUGAGAUUUUGGGAGCCGCACUAGUUAACAGGCCCAGCAAGUCAACUAAGUUACCCAAAGGAGCAAAGCUCUCUGACGGAGUUGACCCGAUCUUCGAUUCAUGGUUGAUUGAUAUGAGGCACUCUCUUAAUAGUAACGAAGACCAUUAUGACACCCCAGAAACGCGUAUGGCUUUCGUGAAGCGUAUAUGCGAAGGCAAGGCAGCCAGAUAUCUACUACCCCAAAUGCGAGAAGACUCCCUGAAUCCCUUUGUUAAUGUGGAGGAUAUGUUUGAACACCUGAAGACUAUUUUCCAUGAUGUUAACCGGGUGGUCAAGGCUAAGAACCAACUCUUUACUCUCCAGAUGAAGAAGGAUACCCAUUUCCAAGACUUCCUUGCUGAAUUCACGGAGCUUGCACAAGACUCUGAAAUCAACGUGGCUAAAUAG